AUGCAUGUAUUUCUUGGGGUAGAAUGUGGGAAAGCUCAUCCAUCAACUAGCUACUCCUCAUGGGACGAGAUCUUGGCCUAUUUCCAGGGGAUCACGACCAAGUCCGAGCUUUACAAGUACAUCAAACUGCAACAUAAGUUCGAGUCAGCGAUCUGGAAUGAAGACGAAGGGAUCUGGACAGUCAAGGUAAAGGAUCUAGUGACAGGGGAUGUCUUCAACGAUUGGGUACAUAUCGUGAUCAACGGCACGGGUAUUUUGAACAACUGGAAAUGGCCAGAUGUCCCUGGACUGCACGAUUUCAAGGGCGACCUCUUCCACUCUGCCGUGUGGCAGACUGACUAUGACCUGAAGAACAAAAGCGUAGCGGUCAUUGGGAACGGUUCUUCCGGCAUCCAGAUUGUGGCAGCUAUUCAACCUGGUGAGACCUACUUUGCAAAACUACCUCCCUCGACAUUCUUCUCUGACAACAGUACAGAAGUCAAAUCCCUUGUAACAUUCAUCCGAUCACCGACUUGGAUCACGGCUGGGUUCGCACAAAGCCACGCAGGUCCGGGUGGCAAGAACUACGCUUUCUCACAGGCGCAGAAAGAUGAAUUCCGCGGCAACGCUGGCCACUAUAGUGAGUAUCGGAAAGGUAUCGAGGGCGAGCUGAAUGCUAGGUUCAAGUUUGUCAUCGCCGAUAGUCCAGAGCAAGAAGAAGCGAGACAAUUCUCCAAGCUGGAGAUGCAGACAAAGCUCAAAGACGAGAAGAUUCUCAAGCAUCUGAUGCCAGACAACUUUGCAGUCGGGUGUCGAAUGCUCACGCCUGGAAAUGGAUACCUGGAGGCACUCACGGAAGACAAUGUCAGGGUUGUCGUUGACUCGAUUCAGAAUGUCCAAGCAAAUGGCAUCCUGCUCAAGAAUGGAGAGCUUCUGGAAGUGGAUACGAUCAUCUGUGCGACUGGCUUUGACCUAUCCUUCUGUCCUCGCUUCGACCUCAUCGGUCGCGAUGGCAUAGCCAUACACGAGAAGUGA